AUGAACGUCCGAGGCGGACGAGGGGGUCCGGGGGCCGGCGAGGAGUGCGACGAGGACGACGAGGAGCGGGAGGCCGUCAGCCAGGUCUUCCACGUGUCCCGGCUGCCGCCCAUCUCCGGCUACGUGCCCGACACCAGCCGGCGGAAGGUGAAGAAGAAGAAGAAGAAGAAGAAGAAGAAGAAGAAGUCGCCGACCACCGGGCUGGGCAAGGGCUCCGGCAAAGGAGACGGUUCCAGCAAAGAUCCUAGCUCCAAACUAGAGUCUAUGAAAGAGGUCAAAAGAGAGAAAGAGGAAAACAAGCAUCUCUCUAGUUCCUCCUCUGGGAAUACUGCCUUUUCCUCGGCUGAAGUGGAAGAGAGCCUUUCCACCAAGAUCAAUGACAGUCUCCGCUGGGAAGGCAUCCUUGAAGACCCAGUAGCAGAGGAAGAACGGAUCCGCAUCUAUAAACUCAACAGAAGAAAACGGUAUCGACUAUCAGCUCAGGAAGGAUUUUGCCCGACUCCAAGUGUCCCGGAAGGGAUGAAUGAGAAAGUCUCAGUCCUUCCAGACCCAGAGAGCCGUGUGAACAGCAAACAGCAAGCCGUGAAGGUGGAUCGCCUCAACUGUUUCCUUGAUGGAAACAUGCUAUCAGAGAUCCUACCCUCUCCAGAAUUAGCGACAGCCAAUGUAUCCAAGCAGAAACUUUCUUCUGCUUUGGCAAAUCUAUCCUGAUCCCAGGUGUGUGUGUGUGUGUGUGUGUGUGUGCGCGCGUGCGUGCAUGCGCGCGUGAGCUUGAGAGCACCCGUGCUCGCAUAUAGGAAAAUUAAAUAACGGAAACAGGCCAAUCCUGAAGAGGACAGAUACUCUGUUUUCCCAUUGAGACCAGCCUGUCCUUUCAACAAAAUGUUAUGUGUCAAAAUAAGACCACCUCUUUAUAAAGAACAAAAAAAAAAAUGAAAGCAUUUGUA